AUGAACACAAAACAACAAGUUUCCGUACUCUUGUCUAGAAUUUGUUCUCUUUCUCAGAGAAAGAACAAGAGACAGAUUGUUUCUUCCUGUUAUUCAUCAUCAUCAUCACAUUUAUUAAAUAAUUAUCCAUCAAUAAUAACAACCACAAAUUCCAUUUUUAAAUCAUAUCAUACUAGAGCUGUCUAUCAAAAGGAUUAUUUAACAAGUACUAGUGUUUCUCUCGGAGUGGAUGAAAAUGGGUUACCACUCUCUCAAUCUUUCCAAAAACCAACCAUUUCCUAUGAUGAUUAUUUGUUAAAAUUUAGGGCUAUAGAGUUGGGAGAAAUUGAAGCAAACCAAGAGACUGUAAAGGAAAUGUUCCUCUAUAUUAAAUAUGAUAGAAUUUCUGGUUUAUCACACCGUUCCCGUGAAGAAAUUGAGGGUCUCUACAAGUAUGCCUUGUUAAAUUGUUACAGAUUUGAAUCUUCCUUUGACAGAUCGUUAUGUGCACAAAAUUUAUUUGACAAAUUAAUGGAAGUAUUGUUCCAAAGAGAAUUGAAGGAGUUUGACAUGUCUUUGCUCGAAGGAAAGGUUCACUUAAAGCCUGAAGAUGUCAUUCCAGUUGUUUUGAAUGAUACAAACAUUUAUUCAAUUCUUAUUGAUAUUUACACAGAGAAUAAUUUUCCAGAACAAAUUUUUGAACUUUUUGGAUCCAUGAAGAGGAAUUUUUACAUUUUACACAAACAAGAGGAAAUUUUACAAGGUGUUUCAACCAUUGAAUCAUCACCAGUUGAAGAACAGCUAACAAUUAGUGUAUCAGAUCAUCAUGAAGAAAAUGACAAGAUUUAUGUGAGUGAGGAACAUUUGCAACAAGUUAUCAAUAUUGAAAUGGAACACAUUUAUGAACCAGAGGAACCAAAGAAAGAGGCCUCAAAUUCCUAUGUUUCAAUUUUGGAUGCUCCAGAAGACCCUAAUGACACAGAUGUUAUUGUUGAAAAUUUUCCAAGACUUUCUGCCAAGUCUUUCAAUCAAUUAAUUGAUGCUUGUGCUUAUAUUGGUAAAAUUAAGGAUAUUUAUCAACUCUUACUAUUCAUGAUUCAUAAGAAUAUCGAAUUGAGUACAGAAACUCUGAACAAAACUAUCAAGUCAUGCAUUCCAUCAGGAUCUAGUUAUGAAGCUCUCAAAUUAUUCGACAUGAUUCGUCAACAUUCUGAAUCAGUCAUUCCUAAUAUUGAAACUUGUAAGCUUUUACUUGAAGCCUGCUUUGAAGCUGCCGAUGAGCACAGCUAUAAGGAUAUUUACGAUGGAAUGAAACAAUUGGUAGUUUGUGAAGAAAAUAACAUUACCGAGAUUGACUAUGAAAAUGAACUCUUUUUCACCUAUUUGAAGUGUAAGUGCACUUCAUCAAUUCCUUCCUCCUGUAAAGAAGCUUUGCAAAAUAUUUUCGAAUAUGAAAGCAAGAUUGGAAAGAAGGUUGAUAUUAGUUAUUAUAAUCUUGUAAUGGAAGCUUGUGCUAGAAUUGGUGAAAAAGAAACAUCAUUACAAAUUAUGAAUCUUACUCUCAAAGAAUAUGGAGCUAUGAAAGAAUUACAAGAGGCUGGAACUUCACAAGUCAAUCCACAACAAUAUCUCCUCCCAACACUUGAUACAUUUAAUAAUUUACUCAAAGCAUUUAGUUUUGAUGGUGACAGAAGAACAGUAGAUCUUUACAAGCAUAUUAAGAAAAUGUGUAGAGAAUUAUUUAAACCAAAUAUUCAAACCUACAAUGCUAUUAUUGCAACUGAAAUCAAAUUAGGUGAUGUAGUUAGAGCCAAGAAAAUUUUGAGAGAAAUCAGGUCACGUGGAUUGAUACCAAACAUUACAUCAUUUAAUCAGUUAUUUAUUGGUUAUUAUAAGACUGAUUGGGAGCAACACAUGAAAGAAUUCAGAGAAAAGGAAAGAACCAGUGUUUUCAAGACUUAUUUCGAAAAAUGGGAAAAGGAACAAAAUGCUCUCAAGAAAUCACAAGAAGAAACAACUAAAUUUGAUGAUGCUGUUGGUCAAGCUGUUGAUGAAAUACUUUUCGACAAGACAUCAGAAGAUCCAUUGAAACCAAACACCACAAAGGAAGAAUAA